AUGAACUACUACGACACAAUUAUCGAAUGCGUUGUCAUGCCCGCAAUUAACGCAGCCAAGCCCGUCGGAGCCAUGCCCCUCCCAGCCAACAGGCCUUACCCUCGUCAUCAGCAGGACGAAGACGAAGAGCAGGGCGACAUCACCGAAAUCGAGUCCAACAACGUCAACUGGAACAUGCUCCAUUCUGGCCGUCUAACCCCCGAUCAAGAAGAACGUUACCACGCCAACAUCAACCGUAGCGCCAGUGAUUCUCCAACCUCUUCCUCCGUCUCCCGCCUUGACCAACGCAACCGUGACUGUGAACUUGCCUCUGACCACCAUCACCACCAUCAGCAGAGCUACCAACGACAGGGAAUGGGUAGACACAAGUUUUCACGCCUCAGUGCAGGAGGAAAAGUCAUCAACCGUUCCCUUGCCUUGAACUCCGCUACAUUCCAGAUGAAGCAAGGCAAGGCCGCCUGGCGUCAGCUCGGAACUGAAGUGAGGUCACGUCGAAACGCGACGGAAGAUUAUGAGGUUAUCAAGCACGUGUGUCGCAGCGUUGGUGAACGACCUGAAGGCAUGUAUGAGGAGCAAAAUCUCAUCCGCCAGGAGCUGCGUCGCCGUUGA